AUGAAUUUGUUUAAAAACGUGCUCGUUGUGUUCGGUAGUAUUUUGUAUGUAACAAGUGCAAGACUGGUAAUUGAUGAAAAUACGCCUAAGCGUCUAUUUGACGAAGAUCUUUACAGAAGUGUGAUCGAUAGAGAUGAAUGUCGGAGACAAGUUGACUAUUUAAAGAGAACUGACUCUACGCUUCUGGCUCAGUUUUUAGAUGCGGGCGUAAGAUUACCAAGAGGUCUUUUCACGCUGAACAAUGCAGAUUUAGGAAACUAUGAACAGUGUCUUGGCAUAAUAAGUGAGAAUGGUGAUAUGAAAAUCGAAGGAAAAUAUUACUUAAUUCGUGUACCCUUUGAUCAAGAAUUUAAACUGCCGUUCGAUACUCCGUCUAAUUUUAACGUUACGAAUGGAAAAAUUAUACGAGUGUCGAAGUUUUUUAACGAAAUUCAAGAAUUUGCUAUACGUACUGAUGCUGAAGAAUCAGAUCCUGAUUCAAUUCAAUCGCUAUCUGUUCUUGUCUCAGUAUGCGUGCCAAAACCUUGUACAACACAAGACUGGAUAACGAACAUGCUUUUUAACAUAUCCGCUUUUGGAUUUAAAUAUGAUGAAGUCGUCGUUCGCUUACCAGACGACAAGCCGUGGGUUCCAGCUGACUAUGUGGCUAUUGCAAUAUUCUCUCUACUGGGUUUUAUCACAUUAGUCAGCACGUCGUAUGAUAUCAUCCACACUAAUAUCCAGAGAAAAGAUCCAAAGAAAGCGAACGUUUACUUACGAAGUUUUUCUGUUUACACCAACACACGACGACUUGUCACUUUUACUCCUAAUGCUAAUGCGUUAGAUUGCCUGGACGGUAUAAGAAGUCUUUCCAUGAUAUGGGUCAUUAUAGGUCAUGUGUUCCAAAUGGAUAACGUGACGUCUAACAUGUCAGAUGUUUUGGAGUGGCUCACAUCUGCCGGUGCAAUAUGGGUUACGACAGCCCACAAUGCUGUGGAUUCCUUUCUACUGAUGGCUGGUAUUUUGUUAACAUACACUACAGUAGGAAAAAUGACUGGAGGGCGAUUCCUGAAGCGACUGCACGUUUUUUACUUCAAUCGACUCCUACGAAUGUUUCCGUUGCUAGCGGCGCUAGUAUUACUCGAAGCAUCCGUUUUUCAUCGAGUAGCAGAUGGACCGUAUUGGGAAGAGGUAGCCAAUGGUGUUCAGAAUUGCAGAUCAUUUUGGUGGACGACGUUAUUGCAUGUCCAGAACUUUGUAAACCCUGAUCAUUUAUGUGUUCGACAUUCUUGGUAUAUUGCUAUUGACAUCCAACUACACAUCGUAUCGCCAAUAAUUCUGUACUGGGUGCUCGGUAAAAGCAGGAAAGCUGCUUGGAUUGCUCUUUUAGCAGGAUUUUUAGCGAUGUUAACAACAGCAACAGUAUGGAAUUUCAUAAGGAAUAGCGCUUCGACUUCUAUAUCCCUUCUUGAUGCUGAUGUACAAACCUACUACUUUCACAAUUUCUACUAUUUGCCAUGGACUCGGGCAGCUCCGUUCUUUCUCGGAAUGAUAGUUGGUUACGGCUUCGUAGUAACAUCCUGGCUAAUAUCGCUUGGUUUGAUCGCGUCAAACUUCUACGUUGCAUACGCCACUAUGCAGUUUGAUUGGGACAAUCAAAUGGCAGAUAACUUUAUUAAUUCAUUCAUGAAAUUAAUUUGGUCUGUUGGCUUAAGUUGGAUUAUUUUUGCCUGCGUAAAGGGAUAUGGAGGUCCAAUAAACUGGUUCUUAACGCUAAGUAUGUGGAAAUUACCAGCACGCAUAUCAUUCGCUAUGUAUUUAUAUCACUAUCCACUGACAUUUAUAAUAUCAGGAACAAUAUUAACACCCUCUCAUUUCUCUGUGGGAUCAAGAAUUUACGAGUUUAUGUCUGUGUUUACACUUUCAUUCUUUAUAGCGUUUUUGAUGACGGUGGUCAUUGAUGCACCUUUCUCUGUUUUGACCAAAAUUUUAAUGGAAGGAGGGCAAAAAAGACCCCGACAACCACAAGAUGGUGUUAGCUCACAAUCCAUUGCAGUACCUAAAAAGAAUAUUAUGGACUUAGAAGGAACGAUUGCUACAAAUUUAGAAAAAAUAGAACCAAUUAAUGAACAUUUGGUGAAAAAUAGUGUUAAUUUUGAUACGAAUGAAAUUCCAAACAAAACAGACAAGCACGGUGAAUUUUUAUCAUCAAAUGUAGAAAGUGAAAAACUUUAA